AUGCCCACCACUGAAUCAUCAACACCUCCUCCUUCUUCUUCCAAUUCACAGUCGCAAACAACACCAGCAACUCCAACCAUGACGAAUGCAACUGGUGCCAACAAUGUAGAAUCGACGACGACGACGACGACCGUAACGACCCCGUUGAAUAUGAACAGCACCACCCCCAAUGACAAGACGACACACAGAGAUCGUGUACGAUUAAAAGGGAAAUUCCCUAGCACCAUGACGCCGUCAGGUCGACAAGAUGUCCUAGCACUGAAACAGCAACUUGCAGACGCGCUUGGUGAGAACGGGCCACUGUAUUGGGAUGCCCUGAAGGACUUUGUUGCCGGCAAACUGAACCGACAAGAGUUUGAUUUCUAUGCCAACCUCUAUCUUAGUCGAGAGAAUGCAUAUCUUCACAAUGCUUUUAUCCUAAGUACGAUUCACAACGCACAGGCUGCUCAUCCACCACCUUCGAAACAUCGCUCUGUUGGCUGGGCCAAGAGGAAACGUGGCAAGGAUGGAUCAUUACUUGAUGGGAGCCAGGAUCGUGAUCCACAAAAGAGACGACUUAAGAUGGAUGUUAUGUCACUCAGCAAAGCGGAUCGUGAUCGCCUUAAGCAAUUGGUCAAGUCUGGUGAUAAGGAACGAUUGCGACCUUUUGUUGAUCAAGUGCUUGGACCACGUAUUAGCCGAGUACCACCGUUACCAUUACCUGCAGAGCAAUUACCACAAACUUUCAAUUCGGAUUAUGCACGUGGACUUUUGGCACCAUUAUGCGCGGACCUGAAGGAACUUCCUGGACCAGAGACUUUACGAGCAAGGAUGACAAGUAUAGCUCUUGAACAAGGACUAGUGGGUGGAGUCUCAGAGGACGUUGUGAGUGCCAUGCUGUUUGCCACCGAGAGUUAUAUCAAGUCAGCCAUUGCCAAUGCCAUCAGCAAACGAAGAGUGAAUAGAACAAUCGGCGUACGCAUGAGGAAAGACACCGAUGAGACACGUACAAUGGCUUUGGAACAAAUGUCCUUAACAUCAACAACAACGGCACCACCUUCAUCUUCAAUACAAAAACCAUCAUCAUCAUCAUCAUCCUCAGCGCAAGAACCUAUAAAAGAUGUGCACAUGUCUGAAGCAAGCAACGACAAGAAUGAAGAUGAAGAAUCAUCAUCCAUCACCUCCUCCUCCUCUGUUGAUACCCCGGGUGAUUCAAUUUCCUUACGUGAUCUGGCAUUCUCCUUUUCAGUAUCACCUUAUGUAUUGGUUGAAAAUCCUCUCAGUGCCGAAAGGUUGACAGCAUUGUUAACGGAUAGCGAAGAUGAAGAAACGGAUGAUGACUUGGGCGACUCAAGCUCUGAAGGUGGAUUCGAAUUGUAA